AUGGGAAGGACUGGGAGAGGAAUCGUGACCCAAGAGCAACUGUGGCAGGUCCUGGAUCCAUCCUGGGGAGACCCUCACACCCUCUCAGCUCUGCUGUGCAGCUCUGUAGCUGCUCUUGUGCUACUGAAGUGGCUGGAACGUAGGCAGAUCCAGCAGAAGAUGGAGGAGGCGAGGAGGACACGGGAUCUGGCCCUGGAGCACAUGGAGAAGGCAGCUCGCAGGUUUAAGCAAGAGAACCCAGGCACCCAGAGCGCCCAAGUCCUCUUGCUGACGAUGAUGGAGCUGGUGGAGAAGCUGAAGGAUGGGUCCCUGCCCCCAGAAAGCGUCCUCUAGUCAUACAUGGGCAAAGCUUUGGAGGUGAACUGUGUGACAGACUUCAUUCGUGGCUGUGAGGAUCAGCUCCAGAAACUGAAGAAUCAUAAGAAGAGGCUGCUCUAUGGCAUUCCCAUCAGCAUCAAGGACCACAUUGACUGCAAGUGCCACAUCUCCUCUGGAGGGAUGGUGAAGUUUCUGAGCCAAGUAAAGGAAGAAGACAGCAUCAUUGUCCAGGUUCUAAAGUGCCAGGGGGCAAUAGCCUUUGUGAGAACCAGCAUCCCACAGACGAUGAUAAACUAUGACUGCAGCAACCUCAUCUUUGGCCAGACACUGAACCCUCUCAACCACAUGAAGCCUGGGUGCUCCCCAGGAGGGGAGGGAGCUGUGAUUGGAGGAGGCUCCAUCCUGGGCAUUGGGUUGGAUGUAGCUGGCAGCAUCCGCCUGCCAUCCAGCUUCCGCGGGCUGUGUGGGCACAAACCCACAGGCAACAGGAUCAGCAAACUGGGUGUUGUUUCUCCUACCAUAGGAAUGAAUUCAGUGGCAGCAGCACUGGGGCCGAUGGCGAGGGAUGUGGACAGCCUGGCCCUGUGUAUGAAGGCGCUGCUCUGUGAGGAGAUGUUCCAGCUGGACCCCACCGUGCCCCCCAUCCCCUUUGAUGAAGAGGUUUACACCAGUUCAAAGCCAUUUCAGACUGGAUACUAUGAAGGACAUGGCUACUUCCAGCCCUCGCCCAGCAUGAAACAGGCCAUCCAGGAGACAAGAAAGCUCCUCAAGGAUGCAGGGCAUAUGAUGGGGAUGUUUUUGUUGUGGCUUGUUCCCUUUGCACCACCCGACUGACUAAAGAUUGAGUAUAUGGUAGACGAGCUCUUCACCAGAGGGAUUUUCUCAGAUGGUGCUGCUCACCUGGUGGGCUGCUUCAAAGGAGACAUUGUGGAUCCCACCCUGAAAUCCCAGUUCAACACUUACAGGCUUCCUGCUCUGGUGAAAAGGAUCUUGGCUAUCAUUUUGAAACCCACAUACCCAAGAAUUGCUCGGGAUCUCAGCGCUGUCUGUGGAUUGGGGUCUGCCAAAAACCUCUGGGAUCAGCAUGGAGCAGUAGAGGCUUACCACAUUGCAUUCAUUGCUAAAUGGAGGAAGCUGAGGCUGGAUGUGAUUCUUUGUCCUGUGCUGGGACCAGCCUUUAACCAUGGCUAUGCUGGGAAGCUAUUUGCUGCGACCUCCUAUACCAAUUUAUAUAAUGUCUUAGACUUCCCUGCUGGGGUGGUGCCGGUCAGCACGGUCACAAGAGCCGAUGAAGACGAACUGAAGCCUUACCGAGGGCACUAUGGAGACCCCUAGGAUAAGAGGCUGAAAGAGGCUGUGGAAGGAGCUGUGGGGUUGCCGGUGGCUGUUCAAUGUGUGGCUCUGCCAUGGCAGGAAGAGCUGUGUCUUCGCUUCAUGAAGGAGGUGGAGACGCUUGCUCAUAGCAUGAAGAGAAAUGCAUGA